AAGCAAAAAUCAGGUCACACCAGCAUGACCUCCGUAGCCGUGGCGCUGGGCCCUCUCUGUCCUGCCCCGUCCGACUGCAGAGGUUCGGUACUGCACCACUCGAGGCAAAGUGGGGCACUCACACAGAUCAAACUGUCAGCUGUGGACAAGCGCAAGUGUGUGAGUGUGCUGGAGGGACGGUUGGUGUGCUUUGACUGGGAUGAAGAAGGCACGCGACCGCUCAAUGUGCGUGGCAUGGGGAUGGAGUCGGAUCCCAUAUCUGCGACGCACUGGUACAACCGUGACUGCGUACUUGCAGCGGGCCAAGCCACGGAGUUGAGCCUGUGGGAUACCCGUGGCAAGCAUCUGCGUGCCAUGGACUGUUCCGAUGUCAGUACUGACGAACUUGGCAGACGGAUACAGUGCAUCACCACCUGUGGCUCUGCUGCGGAUACUAGUAUCUACACCGGCGACAGUAGCGGUCGUGUGGUGCUGUGGGAUGUGCGGAAAGCGGGACGUCCCGUUAUUACCCGUCAGAUGGAGUUGGGGUCGAUGCUCCGAGCCGGGCGAGGGGGUGUGCGUACACUGAAUAUACACUCGAGACGUAGUAAGCAGUCGAUGAUCGCGUGUGUGGGGAAGGCCUUGGUGUUAUUAGAUCUCAGGGAUGGCUUGCUGUCGGAAGAGAUUGAACCGAUAACGAUACACCGGGAUGUGUUACCUGUCAAUACCGUUGACGUCCAUGGAGAUGUGGCGGUUUGGGGAUCGGAUUCUGGAGUGCUCGGAACGUACAGUAUGCUAUAG